AUGUCUGUUCCAAGUGCUCCAGAGGCUCCGGCCUCCGCUUCUGGGGGUACGCCGGGCAUCAACCCCGCGGUUCGCAACGCUGUUCGUCUGUGUCUCAGCGCGAAAGAAUAUCGAGCUCUCUAUUACAUCGCCGGUAAACGUGCACCGGCAUUGCAGAGCAAACUGUCUUCAGCUCUGUGCGAUGAUUCGGCCACUUCUUCAAGGAGUCGUCAUAACCUGGGCGCGCUCCGCGCCUCCAUGCGUGUAUUCGUUGGCACAGGCCUCGCGUUGAAGCUCUUCGAAUUGGUCAUGAGCCGUGUAAAGGGUGAAGCAGCAAAGACGAAAACCCGCACUCCUCUGCUCCGCUCUCCUAACUUCCGUCUUUCCAUCUCCCUCUCGCUCCUCCUCCUUCUCCAUCGUCUCAUAUAUCGCUUCCUCGCUAGGUUACGAUCAAAUCUCCGUAGCGAUGAUGCUCGUCCCUUCCGCGAGCGAAACCCGCAUAUUUCGCGUGCGUUGACGUCGCGUUAUGCGCCCGCUGUCGGUGCCAGUUUGGCUGGUUUCGCACUCGGCGGUUGUCCACAAGACCAGCUACGCCUGACGGCUGCUAUUUGGACAUCGACCAAAUCCCUUGAAUACCUUUACGAUGCCCUUGAUAUUAAUGGGCUGUUGGGCAAAUGCCCAUGGUGGUUCGGCAGCUGGCUGCUGAUGCCAGUCUCGUGUGCACAGCUUUUCCAUGCCUUUGUUUUUGAUCGCGAGACUACCCCCAAGUGGUUUGAGGUGGUCGUUCGCCGAUUGUCUAUGGGAUACAUCCAGGACCGCCCGGCGUCGCUCUCUGCCGAUGUUGCCUGGCCGGAGAAGGAGCAGAUUGUGGACUCACUCUCAUCCAUUGCGGACCUACGCUGGCCGUCGUUCGUUUCUCCUAUUCUCCACCCCAAUGAUCCCAACACCUUGCCAGCAGCGGUCAAGGCUAUCUCCCCGAUUACUGGACCUGCGCAUCCCUCGAUCGCAAAUCUCGCCUGCGCAUUACUACACCCAAGUCUGCCUGGAUGCAGCACCGCAUUCUUGCAUCAAAUUUUGCUUUCGGUGCCCCGUGUUGCCCGUUUAAUUGGCGGUGUGGUUUUGGUUUACGGCCUUAUUGGCUUCAAGCGCAUCAAGGCCCAGCCUUUGGCUGCUAUUAGUGGCAUGUUAAAGAAGGUUCUGGUGAUGACGACCAUUCUCUCCACUAGUCUUGCCUCGCUCUGGGGCAGUGUCUGCUUGCUCAACAACAGACUUCCAGGCUCAACACUCCCCACCAAGCGCUUCUUCCUUAGUGGUGCUAUGGGAUCCCUGCCAUUCUUACUCCUGAGUAGCAACCGUGGACUUUUCACAUACUUCUUCCGUGCUGCCGUGGACUCGGCCUGGAAGACUGGUGUUAAGCGCAAGCUUUGGAAGGGAACACGCCGUUACGAGCUGACAGUAUUUGUGCUGUCAUGGGCCCUUAUGGGCUCAAUCCUGGACAGCACUCCUGACGCUGUUCAAGGUGGCGGUGUGCGUAAGGCGUUGAGCUGGUUGCGCGGUGACGGAUUUGCCGAUCCCGUUGAGGCUGAGAAGCGGAAGGCCGAGCGGGCAUCUAAGAAGGUGGAAUAA